UUUUCCAGUCUGAAACUGCCAGGGCCUAUUUUGAAUCCCAGUCCAGACCUGCUCAGGCAACCCUGCACACAGACAGACAGACAGACGGACGGACCAGUAUGACCCUGAGGCAGUAGAAUAGUGCGGGUUGUUAUUGCUCAGGUAAUGGCUGGGGUCAUCCCAUAUACACAACAAGCAGCACAGAAUUCCCCAGCCAGGGACUGGUCACAAGGCAGCGCUGUGAGGCAGAGAAUAGAGGGAGCAGCCGGCUCUAACUCUGUAACGUGGCACAGACUGAGCAGGACAUACAAUCCCUGUUGUUGUGCCGCUGGGGGUUUAAAGAAAGCCCGGAGUGCGGAAUGGCAGUGCUAUGGGAAUCAGUAGAGCCGUGAGAGCCGACCUCGUGAUUCCUAGUGCCGGGAUUUCGCUACAGCCGAGGAACGAUCCUGUAGAAGUUGUGAAGAGAGAAGGGAAGAUACCGGGACUGGCAGAGGCUAAGGGAAAGGGGAUACCCUCCAAAGAAAGAGUAUGAAGUUGAAUGAGAGGAGUAUGGCUCAUUAUGCAACCUCUGACUCCCCAACAGACUGCACUGGAUAUCUGUACAAAAGAGGAGUAAAGCACACAGCUUACCAGAAACGUUGGUUUGUUCUAAAAGGCAACCUUUUGUUUUAUUUUGAGGAGCAGGGCAAUAGGGAGCCUGUUGGUGUGGUGGUGCUUGAGGGAUGCACAAUAGAACUAUGCCAUUCAAAAGAAGAGCAUGCCUUCUGUGUCAGAUUCAAUGGUACUGGGUCUCGAUCUUACAUAUUGGCAGCAGAAAGUCAAGAAGAGAUGGAGUGCUGGGUGAAGGCAUUGUCCAGGGCUAGCUUUGAUUAUAUGAGGCUGGUUGUGAGGGAACUCGAGAGGCAGCUAGAACUUAUGCAGAAGACCAGCAUCCGAAGGAAAUCUGGACGUCAUAGGGGUAGAUCACGAGCUGUUUCCAGGACUAAGUUGGAACAUUCCCGACCUUCUGAGUUGUCCAAUGGGAUUGUCCAUCCUGAAGACUCAAACUUGGAGACUCAUACCAGGGUCAGUGGCAGUGCUAUACCUUCACCUUUACCACCACCUUUGCCCCCUCGUAGACGUGGUGCAGUCUGGGUUAAUGGAGCUUCUUCAGCCUCUAUGCCAGUGUCUUUAGAAAGCCCAGUAUGUCCUGGUACAUUUUGUUUUUCAAAGUUGCAUGAAUGGUACGGGAAGGAAAUUGAGGAACUUCGGAAAGCUUGGCAAAAGGAACACAGGAGUGAAAAUAAGUGGCCCAAAUACUAUUUCUAGAGUUCUAAAGACUUAUAUUACCAGUGCUUUCAUUUAAUCUGUGAAGUUGUAGGGUAAACUUUUGAUAUGAAACAUAACAAAAGUUGUGUAAAUGUGAUAUCUUUUUGGGUAAUUAAGAUGAUAGUUUUCCAAA